CUUGGCACUGGAACCUGUGCCCAAGCGGCGGCUUCCGCAACUGCAACUCCCGGCAGGCCCCGCGCAGCCCUCGGGCCGCGCGCAGGCGAUUUUGGCGCGCUGCAUUGUGGGGCGCGUAGUGCCCGGCUCCGCGCUCGUGGAGGGGCCGGGCCCGCGGGAAGGGCGGCCCGGUGGGGUUUAGGAGCGCGGGGCUGUUAGUCCGAGUGUCCAGGCGAGACCAGGCCUCGGGAGGCUGAGUGGUUUGCUGGGCGCCGUACGGAUUCGCGUCCCAGGGGCUCCCGUGGAGAACGUGUCCCAGCGGCACAGGCUGGCAUAACUUACCUGGAGCGGCUGAGACCCUGAGAUGUUCAGAGGGGGGUUUGUCUCGCAGACCCACACAGCCUGCGUUUCAGCCAACCUCUGUGUCCGCCCGAGACCGAGAGUAGGCCAGCAUGCCCAAGAUAACCCUGAAUGGGGUGACAGUGGACUUCCCUUUCCAGCCAUACAAAUGCCAAGAGGAGUACAUGAGCAAGGUCUUGGAGUGUCUGCAGAAGAAAGUGAACGGCGUUCUGGAGAGCCCCACGGGCACGGGGAAGACCCUGUGUCUCCUCUGCAGCACGCUGGCCUGGCGGGAGCACCUCCGAGACGCUGUCUCUGCCCGCAGGAUUGCCGAGAGGGCGUCAGGGGAGCUCUUCCUUGACCGUGCCUUGGCGUCCUGGGGGAACGCUGUCCCGGAAGGAGAUGUCCCAGCGUGCUAUGCAGACGUCCCAAAGAUCAUUUACGCCUCCAGGACCCACUCACAGCUCACUCAGGCCAUCAGGGAGCUCCGGAACACCUCCUACCGGCCCCGAGUGUGUGUGCUGGGCUCCCGGGAGCAGCUGUGUAUCCAUCCUGAGGUGAAGAAGCAGGAGAGUAACCACAUGCAGGUCCACUUGUGCCGCAAGAAGGUGGCAAGUCGCUCCUGUCACUUCUACAACAACGUGGAAGAGAAGAGCCUGGAGCAGGAGCUGGCCAGCCCCAUCCUGGACAUCGAGGACCUGGUCAGGAGCGGGACCAGGCACAGGCUGUGCCCCUACUACCUGUCUCGGAACCUGAAGCAGCAGGCCGACAUCAUCUUCAUGCCCUACAACUACCUGUUGGACACCAAGAGCCGCCGUGCACAUGGCAUCGACCUGAAGGGGACGGUCGUGGUCUUCGACGAAGCUCACAACGUGGAGAAGAUGUGUGAGGAGGCCGCGUCCUUCGACCUGACGCCCCACGACGUGGCUUCGGGACUGGACGUGAUAGACCAGGUGCUGCAGGAGCAGACCAAGGUGGCGCGGCAGACCGAGCUCCACCCGGAGUUCAGCGCGGACUCCGCUGGCUCAGGGCUGAACUUGGAGCUGGAGGACCUCGCGAAGCUGAAGACGAUCCUGCUUCGCCUGGAGGGGGCCAUUGACGCCGUGGAGCUGCCUGGAGGUGACGGCGGUGUCACCAAGCCUGGGAGCUACAUCUUUGAGCUGUUUGCCGAAGCCCAGAUAACGUUUCACACCAAGGGCUGCAUCCUUGACUCCCUGGACCAGAUCAUCCAACACCUGGCAGGACGUGCGGGGCUGUUCGCCAGCACGGCGGGGCUGCAGAAGCUGGCAGACGUCAUCCAGAUCGUGUUUAGCGUGGACCCUGCUGAAGGAGGCCCCGGUUCCAUGGUGGGGCCGGGGUGUCAGUCCUACAAGGUGCACAUCCACCCUGAUGCUGGUCACCGGAGGACAGCUCAGCGGUCAGAUGCCUGGAACGCCACGGCGGCCAGAAAGCAAGGGAAGGUGCUGAGCUACUGGUGCUUCAGCCCUGGCCACAGCAUGCGUGAGCUGGUCCGCCAGGGCGUCCGUACCCUCAUCCUCACCAGCGGCACGCUGGCCCCCGUGUCCUCCUUCACUCUGGAGAUGCAGAUCCCUUUCCCAGUCUGCCUGGAGAACCCACACGUCAUCGACAAGCACCAGAUCUGGGUGGGGAUUGUCCCCAAAGGCCCCGACGGAGCCCAGCUGAGCUCCGCCUUUGACAAACGGUUCUCUGACGAGUGCUUGUCGUCCCUGGGGAAGGCGCUGGGCAACAUCGCUCGUGUGGUCCCGCACGGGCUCCUGGUCUUCUUCCCUUCCUACCCCGUCAUGGAGAAAAGCCUGGCGUUCUGGCGGGCCCGUGACUUUGCCAGGAAGCUGGAGGUCCUGAAGCCCCUGUUCGUGGAGCCGAGGACCAAAGGAGGCUUCUCGGAGGUGAUGGAGGCUUUCUACACGAGAGUCGCCGCCCCCGGGUCCAGUGGGGCCGCCUUCCUGGCUGUGUGCCGGGGGAAGGCCAGCGAGGGGCUGGACUUCGCAGACGCGAAUGGCCGUGGAGUGAUUGUCACGGGCCUCCCAUACCCGCCCCGCAUGGACCCCCGAGUUGUCCUCAAGAUGCAGUUCCUGGAUGAGAUGAAGGGCCAGAAUGGGGCCCGGGACCAGCCCCCCGCCCCGGCCCCGCAGUUUCUCUCCGGGCACGACUGGUACCGGCAGCAGGCGUCCAGGGCUGUGAACCAGGCCAUCGGGCGGGUGAUCCGUCAUCGCCAUGACUACGGGGCUGUCUUCCUCUGCGACCACAGGUUCAGCUCCGCGGACGCCAGAGCCCAGCUGCCCUCCUGGGUGCGUCCCCACGUCAAGGUGUAUGACAGCUUCGGCCAUGUCAUCAGAGAUGUGGCCCAGUUCUUCCGCGUCGCUCAGAGAACCAUGCCCGUGCUGGCCCCCCGAGCUGCUGCUCCGAGUCUGGGCGAAGGAGAAGGCGCUGCCUCGGUGGCCGUGUCACCCGGCCCCCUCCGCACCAGGAAGGCCAUGAGUCUGGACGUGCACGUCCCUAGCCUGAGGCGCAGAGGCACGGGCUCGCCGGUCGCCGGGGAUGCCGAGGGCAGCCUUUGUGUGGAGUACGAGCAGGAGCCCGUCCGGGCCCAGCGGAGGCCCGUGGGGCUGCUGGCCGCCCUGGAACACAGCGAGCUGCUGGCCGAGGGGCCUGGGGAGGAGGCCCUCCCCGCGGAGGAGGAGGCCCCCCGCCACUCCGCCCCGUGGGGCCCUCGUGAGAAGAGGCCAGCGGAGGAGCAGCGUGGCAGGCGGAGGAAGGUCAGGCUGGUCGGCGGCCCGGAGGGGCCAGAGGCUGGCACGGACACGGGUGGGGCCAAGCUGUUCAUGGCGGCCGUGAAGCAGGCGCUGAGCCAGGCCAGCUUCGACACCUUUACCCAGGCCCUGCGGGAUUACAAGAGCUCCGAUGACCUCGCCGCCCUGGCCGCUCACCUUGGCCCCCUCUUUGCCGAGGACCCCAAGAAGCACAGCCUGCUCCAAGGCUUCUAUCAGUUCGUGCGGCCUCACCACAAGCAGCAGUUUGAGGAGGUCUGCCGCCAACUGACGGGCCGAGGCUGCAGCUCCCGGCCUGAGCAUGGCCCCCGGAGGGAGGGAGCACAGCCGGCCCUGGACCCCAGCGGAAGGAGGGAGCCUGACCCCAAGCUGACCGUGUCCCAGGGUGCAGCCAGGCAGCUGGACCCCCGCGAGCACCUGAACCAGGGCCGGCCCCACCUGGCCUCCGGGCUGCUCCCUGCAGGAGACCCCAGCCGCCGGCCUCCUGAGGGGUCUGGAGCCCCUGGAGCAAAGAAGCAGCCACCUGCUGUGAGUGCCUACCUGGCCGAUGCCCACAGGGCCCUGGGGGCCACAGGCUACAGCCAGCUCCUGGCGGCGCUGACCACUUACAAGCAGGACGACGACUUCGAGAAGGUGGUGGCCGUGGUGGCCUCACUCACCACCGCAAAGCCUGAGGACUUGUCCCUGCUGCAGAGGUUCGGCAUGUUCGUGCGCCCGCACCACAAGCAGCGCUUCCGGCGGACGUGCGCGGGCCUGGGCACCCAGGCUCCAGGACCCUGGGAGGGGAGCCCUGCUGCGCCUUCCGACCUCGUCUGCGGGGCUCGCGGGCCAGGCCCUUCGCAGCCAGAGAAACCCCCCGGGAAGACCCAGAGCAAGAUCUUCUCCUUCCUUACGCAGAGGCCGGCUCGGGGGGCGGGGGCUCCCGGCCCGGCCCCCCCUGCCCCCUGCGGGCAGGCACAGUCUGAGUGGGUGGGCUUGGUGUGUCCUGGCUGCAGGGCGGAGGACGUGGUCCCCUUCCAGUGCCCCUCCUGCGACUUCCACUGCUGCCGGGCCUGUUGGCGACAGCACCUCCAGGUCUCUAGGACGUGCCCAGCCUGCCAUGCUGCCACCAGAAAGCAGAGCCUCACGCAGGUCUUCUGGCCGGAGCCCCAGUGAACGUUGAGACCCUCUGGGCGCUGCAGGGUCUGCGGAGGCUGAGGCUGCUCCUGCCUGGGGCGCAGCCUGGACACUUGCCUGUCGGCUGGGGGUGGGCCAGGCCUGAUAACCAGAAACCCCUUGGCCAAGAGCGCACCUGACGGGGAGGCCAGUCCAGUGUCCGCGGGGAACCUCUGAGACGGCAGCAGGAUCUCGGCCCCCUGUGAGAGGCCCCGAGGCCACCCUGGGGUCUGGGGUGGGUCCACUGGAAGGUGCUUCCCCAGAACUUACCUGGCUGCCAGCUUGUGGGUGGGGCCCCAGCAGGAAGGAGGGGAGCCCUGCACCUUCUGUCCCGGGGACCUUCCAGGGACCUGCUUGUUGCUCAAGGGCCGGGGUUCUAAUAAAGCUGCUGGCACUGCUGGGAA